CGCACGCACACACACACUUCUGGACCUUUUGGUUGAUUCCACUGUAUCGAUUUCGUUCUUUGCCUUAUGUUUCCAAAUCGGUGAUUUAGGGAAACGCAGCUUCCUGAUCGAAGAUCUGCAUAGGAAAGAGAGGAUCUUGUGUGAACAUUGCCGAUCUAUUUUGUGUGAACAUUGCCGAUCGAUUUUGUGUGAGCAUUGGCACGCGAUUCAAAGCAACCUGGUAAUUGCAGCUUCUUCUGCAUUCCUGAAGUUUGUGAAAAUAAUUGCAGCCUCUUGCUGCAUUGGUGAAAUUUGUCCGGGGAAGCUUUCAUAUUUUGGAACCACAGAUUGGCAUGGGUGACCAAGAUUCUAACACUGCCCGUUCCUCAUCAACAAUGUGGUGUGAUUUUAGUAUCCUUGUGCCUCACUGAUGGAAACUUCAUUGGAAAGAUAAUAAUAUUUUGGAGCAACCUACAUGCGAAUUGGGGGCGCGUUGAGUUUCCCAUGGCUGCACAAGCUCGUGCAAGGCUGCGGAACUUUUCGCGGCAAUUCUGGCCUUUGCUUCGCCAUGCCAUCAGCGAGUGCUGCCUGAUCAUAAUGCUCGUUGCGACCGCCGUGCUGUCAUACAUGGCCACAAGGUUCGCACGCAUGUGCAGGCUCAGAUCACCAUGUAUGCUGUGCUCGAGAUUGGAUCGGUUUCUACUUGGUAAGGCCUGGUUCUCUGAAGAACUGGUUUGUGCUGCGCACAGGCUGGAAAUCUCACGUUUAUCAUAUUGCCAGAGUCACAACAAGCUUGCAUGUUCUGAUGACAUGUGCGAUAAGUGCCUGCUUUCUUGCACUACCUCGGAUGGCAAGCCUAGUAACCUGACAAACUUGAAUGUUAAGGAGAAGGUGAAGUCUCAGUCAAGAUCUAGGCACAAGCAGUUGUGCUCUUGUUGUUCAGUGCGGUUCAAGAAGUCACGGAAUUCACACAAGCUAUCUGAGGUUGCAAAUAGCAGGUUCCCGGGUGAUGAUAUGAGCAAAGUAGGAAGCAUAGCCAUGGCAAGUGUUGGGCAUUCUUCAGAUGACGACUCUGAUCACUUGGCUUUUGAAGGUUACAGAAAACUAAAGGUUGGCCACGAUUCUGAAUCUGAGAUUCACAUCUCAGAUAGUGAUGAUGAUGUUGGCCAUGCAAUACUUCAUGAAGCUAGAGGAGUAGCCGUUGACAUCUCAAGUCGUGAUGUGCAGCUGCAACAAAUGAUAUCCAGUGCCAACGGCUUGUCAAUGCUUCCUUCUGAUAAUACUGUUAUGACGAAGCCCAAGCAACCGCUGAAUACUGCAAGAGAUACUGACAGUCAGUCUAGUGGCACCAAGGUUGCAAAAUCUUUGGAUCGUGCUAUUGGGCAUGGUUUGGAUGAAAUCAACUGGAGCCAAAUCAAUGCAAAUUCAAGUGAUAACAAUAUCCACAUGCAACCGAAGGCUAUGCCUGAACAAGCUUGUACAGAGCAUCCAAAAGAGAAAACUUUUCUUGUUGGUAUCGAGGAAGUCGGCGAUUCUUUUGAGGGUGUUCCGGGAAGCCCUGAUGAGGAAGUUAUGAAUGAUUUUGCUGCUUCUGCAAAUGCUGGAACAAGCUCAAGUGCAGGCACUCAUGUCAACCGCAACAACAGCAUAAAGAAUGCUUCUGGCAGUAGAGGCUACCUUAAAUCUCCUCGUUUAUCUGAAAUAAUCUCCGCUAGAGACACCAAUUCAAAAACAAAUCAAGAGGUGAAGACAUUUCUGUCACAAUUGUCUGCACGAGGCUUUGAUGUCCCUCUCAAUGAGAUGACUACAAGCCCCAGAAUCAGCACACAGAUUGAUGAGUGCAGGCAAUAUGAUGCUACUGGUAUGGCCCCAUUUCUUGAGAGGAACAACUCAAAUCUGGAGCCAUUUGAUGUGAAUGCCACUAGUGAAGAUGAAGGUGAAAGUUCUAUUGAUCGCUUGAAGCAGCAGGCUGAGAUUAACAGGAAAAAAAUGAGUAUGCUUUAUAAGGAGCUCGAGGCAGAACGAAGUGCUUCAGCGGUGGCAGCAAGCGAAGCAAUGGCUAUGAUCAACAGGUUGCAAGAGGAAAAGGCCGGAAUGCACAUGGAAGCACUGCAGUAUCUCCGGAUGAUGGAAGAGCAGGCUGAUCAUGACCAGGAAGCAAUUGAAAAGUUAAACGACUUGCUUACAGAAAGGGAGAAAGAAUUACUUGAUCUGGAAGCUGAACUUGAGGGUUAUCGGAGCAGACUUCAUGAUGAGCCAUUUGAUGUUGGAAAUUUCAAUGCUACUGAUGGAGCUUUAGCAUUUGGAGUCCUGGAUGGCUCAGAUUUCAUGAGGCAUACCAUGUUUGAUUUUGAAGAUGAGAAGGCAAAGAUUUUGGAUUCUUUACACAGAUUGGAGGAAACAAUCGACAUGUCUUCCAUAAAUAGACUUGAUUUGGAUGGCACAAACGAUACUCUGCAGAAUGGGCCAUUGAGAGAUCACCUAGGGAGCAGCAGCCAAUAUCUACAGAACUCGGAGAUGGGGACUUCUCAAAUGCCUCAAGAACACAUGAUUAGUUUAUCAGUUUCUUCUCAACAAAACGAUGAAAAUCAAUAUGUUGAGAACCAAACAAGUUAUCCUUCAUGUUCCCAAUUAGAUGAUGCAAAAAAUUGUUCUCUGACGAGUUUUAAACAUGACAUUUCUCUCCUCAAUACUAGAUUCAAGGCGCUUGAAGCCGAUCAGAAUUUUCUCAAGCAAAUACUAAGUUCUCUUAAUUGCAGCAGUGAUGGAGUGCAAUAUAUCCAGGAGAUUACUAGCCAUUUGAGAGAGCUGCGAAGAAUCAUGGCUGAACAAAGAGACAUGCCAGUGCUAUGAGCUUGAUCACUCUGAAGUUUCUGCCGCUGAGCUGCUACUGUUAGUGCACCAUGUGGCAAACUUCAUGGUUGAAAAAUGCUCCAGCUCGGAGGUUUGAGAAAUGGCAGCAGCAGACGAUCUUCCGGAUGUGAUUUUGUUUGGGAGCACAGAUCAUGCGCGCCUCCUGAACUUUCUGAAUGUGACUUCAAAUUUCGCAGUUUCCAGCAGUGUCUCGGGCGGCUUAGAUAUUUCUUGUACAUUGUCAUCAGGUAGGAGCUAGUUUGUCAGUGUAAUUAAAAUUUCGAGGCCUUGUUGAGAUCAGUUCAGUUAGUAAACCAGCUGGUGA